GCUUCAGGAGGCGGCCUCGCGGCCUGCUCCGGCCUGCUCCGACCUGCCGGACCGGUGGCCGCAUGGCUUCGGCCUCCGCUGCGGCGGUACCGGGCCGCGGGGCCCAGAACCUGCUGCAGUUCCUGCGGCUGGUGGGGCAGCUCAAGAGAGUCCCAAGGACUGGCUGGGUAUACAGAAAUGUUCAGAGUCCAGAGAGUGUAUCAGAUCACAUGUACAGAAUGGCAAUAAUGUCUCUGGUGACCAAAGAUGAGCAUCUUAACAAAGACCGAUGUAUCCGUCUAGCCCUGGUUCACGAUAUGGCAGAAUGCAUCGUUGGGGACAUAGCACCAGCAGAUAACAUCCCCAAAGAAGAAAAACAUAGGCGAGAAGAGGAAGCUAUGAAGCAGCUAACACAGCUCCUUUCAGAAGAUCUCAGAAAGGAACUUUAUGAACUUUGGGAAGAGUACGAGACCCAGUCUAGUGCAGAAGCCAGAUUUGUGAAGCAGCUGGACCAGUGUGAGAUGAUUCUUCAGGCAUCCGAGUAUGAAGAGCUUGAGAACACCCCGGGGAGGCUGCAGGACUUCUAUGAUUCCACGGCAGAUCUUUCAUUUGCUAUGGACCCAAAUGAUCAGGAGCAACUGACAAACCUGACCAAGGAAAAUUCAGUCACCCCGAGAUAGUCCAACUUGUCUCCGAACUUGAGGCAGAAAGAAACGCUAACAUAGCUGCCGCCGCCAGUGGGCCCCGCUCCUGAUGUGUCCUGUCUGUUGCUGCCCUCCUGUGACAGACAUUGUAUUUUUCCCUUUCAUGGUGUUGUUUUGCUACUGUUGCUUUGUUGAUUCCCCAGAUGCAGGUCUGUUUAUUUUCCAUUGCCUGGACUCCACUAAGAAACAUGAUACAAUCUGGAUAAUAAAAGAAGGCUACAGAACAGGAUGUGGUCCUAAAAGUGCCAGGGAUGAAGCCUGUGGGUAGUGGGGGGAGUUUUUUUAUGAACCAACUAAAUAAAUUUUUAAAACCUUAAA